AAACUUCUACCUUUCCCGUCUUCCUCUACCUCCCCUCGUCUGCACUUGUGCUCCCCUCUUUCCCCGUGAGCGCUGGCGUGAACCUCCUUGGGCACCUCCUUGGGCACCUCCUUGCUUGCCCCACCAUCCCCCAUGCGCCCACGCUCCCACGCCCCAACGCCCCCACCCCCCAUCCACGUAUGUGCCCACCUCGCCAUGUCUUCACACUGCCGUCCCCCCAAAAUGCCGUCGCCCCCAUGCAUGCAUGCAGCAUGGGUGGGCGCGAAGCAGCAUGGGUGGGCGCGAAGCAGCAUGGGUGGGCGCGAAGCAGCAUGGGUGGGCGCGAAGCAGAAUGGGUGGGCGCGAAUCAGCAUGGCAUGGCGGGGAAGAGGGAGGGGCGGGUGAAGGAGCAGUACCCGUGGGCUUCCCACCGCUGGCUCGACUCGCUCCUCCGCCUGCCUGCGCAGCGGCAGCGCCUCUUCCUCGCCCACCGCCUGGCCACGAGCCCGCUGUCGAACGCACUGGGCGGGGUGGUGUUCCUGGGCACGCCCUUUUAUAUGAAGAGCUGGGAGCGCAACGGCAUGGUGCUGCUGCUCGCCACCACCGCCGUGUCCGUGGGGGUGACGUUCGUGGUCAUGUGGGGCUACGUGCUGCUGUGGCGCGUCGUCGUGCUCGCUAUUGCCGGCCAGCUUGCCAGCACCACCACUCCGAGCUACGUGCCCUUCUCCCUCGCCACUGCUGUUCUCAUCUUCGCCAUCAUCAGUGUGGCCAUGGAGCUCUGGCGUAGCACAGCCUUUUACAGCGGCAACAUCUACCACUCGCCCGGCUUUGAUUGGUCGCAUGCCAUGUCAGCACUCGUCAUCCAUGCCGGCAAAUUAGACGAAGCCAGCCUGGCGCUCUCCACCGAGCCUAUCGCCCGAGCCUACAUCUUCCCGCAGCUGGCCUCCAUGCUCAAGCUCCCCUUCUGGAAACCCCUCCCGCGCCGCCCGGUCACGAGAAAAUGUUCCGAAUGGACGCUGUACAUCAGCAACACUGCCCGGAUCCUCAUGUGGAACGUAAUUUUCAUCCUGCCCGCAGCGGCAGUGGCGCUGCUGUCGCGCGUGCUGGCGCCGGUGGUAAUCUCAAUGGUGCGCAACGUGAUCGUGACGGUGAGCUUCGGGCUGUCCCCCAAGGAGCUGAGCUUCGCCAGUGUGUUUGUGGACGAACGACUCGACCUCGGCUUGGCGUCACAACACAUCGAACACUGGAACGUGCAGAAACUGCUGGCGCUGGCCAAGACGAGGUCGCUGCAGGGCGAGCUGAUGGAGGGGUAUGAGGACGACACGUGUGACAUGGGGGAGGCUCUAUUUGGGGACGGGCUACCUGAGGAGGGGGUUCCUCGGGAGGGCAUACCUCGAAAGAAGGUACCCGUGACAGGGGUACGUGGAGAGGGGCUGAUUGGAAGAGAGGGGAAGGUGGAAGAGAGAAAGGAGGAGGAGGGGGUUGGAGGUGGGGAGGUGAGAGUGAGGAGGCAAGGGGACGCGGACGAAAGAUCGGGUGGUGAGGGCGAAGGGAGUCCUCUGAUAGACUCGACACAGACAGAUGCGACAAGACCACAGCAGGAGGGCUGCAUAGAUGCAGCUGAGCCUCUUGACUCGCGAGCACGGCUCUCAGGUACACUGGGCAGCGGUCCACCAGUGGAACCCGCUGCUGCGGCCCUGCAGCAGGUGGCAGCAGGAGGAGGCGAGGAGGGAGUGGAGGGCCGCGCAGCCUGCAGCUCGAUGCGGAGCGUGAGCCGCUUCCGACGGCGCGUCACGUUCACCGAGCGGUCUCUGCGACAGGGGGAGAGGAGAGCGGAGGGGGGUGAGGAUGGGGGUGAGGAGGGGGGUGAGGAGGGGGGUGACGGCAAGGAGAAGCGAGGAGGGGAAGGAAGCAGCUCAGAGGGAGCUGGAAAUGAAAGGCAAGCAGCAGCGGGGAGUGGAGGAGAAGGGCAUGGGGUCCAGGCACGGCAGUGGCAGCAGGGGUGA